AUUCGAUUUUUGCCAGGUUUGUUGAAUUAGCGAGGGAAGUGAUGGAACUAAUAGUGAAAUCACAAAUAAUUUAAACUUCAUUAAAUCAGAAAUCACACAGGAGAGGAAGACUUUGGGAAAGUUGGGAAACUAUUCCUGUGAAUAGGAACAGCCUACGGAUUUAUUUUCUAACAAUAUUUCAGGCAUUAGCCGAGGUGGGCUUAAUCCUGUGGUGCUAUGUGGAGGAGCUCAGUAUGACAUGAGAGAUCUGUGAGGAUCAGGGUGUCUAAAGAACAUGUUAGCUACCUUGAACUGCUCUUUCUGUGUCUACAUUCAUGUGCAGAUCAAAGAGAGUUGGGAGAACAAACUGGAUGUAAAAUGCUUCGAAGUAUAGUGGGAAAAGCUCUUGGAUUUAUAGGAUAUACUGUACAGUAUGGUUGCAUUGCUCACUGUGCUUUUGAGUACCUAGCAGAAAUUGUUGUGUGUUCAGGACCUUCUAUGGAACCUACAAUCAGAAACUACGAUGUGGUUAUUUCAGAAAAGCUAAGUCGACAUUUUUAUCGAAUUCAAAAGGGUGACAUUGUUAUUGCUAAAAGUCCAAAUGAUCCACGAACAAACAUUUGCAAAAGAGUAAUUGGCUUGGAAGGUGAUAAGGUUUGCACAAGCAAUCCAUCAGAUAUCUUCAAGAGCUGUAAAUAUGUAAGCAAAGGGCAUGUUUGGUUAGAAGGCGAUAAUCUUGAAAACUCUACAGAUUCCAGAAGUUAUGGACCAGUCCCUUAUGCAUUAAUAAGAGGACGUGUGUGUUUGAAGAUAUGGCCCCCACAGGAAGUCGGGUUUUUACGAAACAGUCCCAAUUAUCGUGUCCUUCGUGAUGAAUGACGAUCCAGCUUAUGUUGGCAUAGUUACCUAUCUGUACUGUUUUUUAGUCAUAUAGUACAUUUAGUGGUUUUUAUGAAACAGUUUUUAACAAAGAUCUGUUUUGCAGUUACCCUACUAACAUUCAGCAGUACUAGGUUUGUUUUCCCUCCUAAUGUAAAAAAUUUCAUGUACAGCUAAGAUUAUUUCAUCCACUGAUGCAGUUCUCUGGUAUCUAUUUAAAUGAUUAAACAUGAAAGCCAGAAUGAAAAGUAAAAUGUUUAUUUGUGCCUGCAUAUAUGGGCAUGAAUUACACCAACAAAUUUUACUAUAAACUUGAUUUAUGGUACUGGGGAAAAAGGCUUGCUUCUCUAUAGGAGCAUCAUUUGGUACGUGGUUGGGAUAUAUUUGAGAAAAUGUGUAUUAUCUACAUAUUAGUCUGUUAAGAGAUCCCUUGAAGUUCCUGACAGUAAUCCGUUUUAUGUAUUAUAUUUAUUAAUUUGGAAGAACAACUGGUAUUAAUUUUCUCUUGGUUGUAAUACCAAUAUGAAUUGUAUUUUAUAUUUUUCUGGUUAUUUAAUAAUGCACAGGGUGCUUUGGCAGUACUGCUGCUAUUAAGUCAUAUGUUUCUUUAACUAUUUACAGAUAUUAAUGCAAUACUGUAUUAUUAAAAUAUUGCCUUUAUAAAAUU